AUGCCCGAAUACCCACAGAAGAAGACGGAGAAAAUGUACGAAGGAUACCCAGACAUACACAUGAACACUGCAAAGGGCAUGACUGUCGGCCUCCCCGAUGUGCAUAUGGCGACCGCGAAGGGGUUGACCCUCGACCACGAUAUACACAUGGAGACCGCCAAGGCCGGAGGCACCACCCUCAAGCAGGUUGGCUUUAAGUUGUGGGAGAAGGAGCUUCUUGAGAGCCCCGAGGUCAGGCGGAAAUCCACCGUCGCUCAACUGUACUUCUUGGACUAUUACUUUCAAAUGCUCGGAUACCUGGCCGCUCGGAAAGAACGCCGAGCGAAAUUCGACGCAGACACGACGGAGCGUGAUCUGUCCGCCGCCGAAUAUGCAAAGGAAUACAAGUCGUACUGCGGACGGGAGCGUGUCGUCCUCCGCAAGCGCCGCACCAAGCUGAAGGUCGAUCAGUUCCAUAUCAUCGCCCAAGUUGGCCAGGGCGGAUACGGCGAGGUCUACCUCGCGAGGAAACAAGAGACUGGCGAGGUGUGCGCGCUCAAGAAAAUGCGCAAGCGGACUUUGUUCAAGAUGGACGAGAUUCGCCACGUUCUCGUGGAACGAGAUAUCCUCACGGCAACCAAGACGCCAUGGCUCGUCCGGCUCCUGUACGCCUUCCAGGACCCGCAAUAUGUCUAUCUUGCUAUGGAGUACGUUCCAGGCGGGGAUUUCCGAACACUGCUCAAUAACUCCGGCGUAUUAAAGGAAGAACAUGCGAAGUUUUAUAUCAGUGAGAUGUUCGCUGCAGUGAAUGAGCUGCACAAGCUCGGGUAUAUCCAUCGCGAUCUCAAGCCCGAAAACUUCCUGGUAGACGGUACAGGUCAUGUCAAGCUCACAGAUUUUGGACUGGCAACCGGCGCGCUUAACCCGCAACGUAUCGAAUCCUUGAAAGUCAAGCUCGACAAAGUCAAAGAUAACGAAGUGAUCCACCGAUCGACUAUAGAGCGACGCUCCAUCUACCGCUCCAUCCGUAACCAGGACCCGCGGUAUGCAGACUCCAUCGUCGGAUCGCCAGACUAUAUGGCCCCAGAAGUGCUCCGGGGUAAACCUUAUACGUACUCAGUCGACUACUGGUCGCUCGGCUGCAUCCUGUUCGAGUUUCUCGCAGGCUUCCCCCCGUUUAGCGGCGUGACGCCGGAGGAGACCUGGACGAACCUGAAGCAGUGGACCAAGGUCCUCCGGCGGCCAGAGUACGACAAGCCGGAGGACCUGAUCUUCAACCUGACCGACGUCGCGUGGGACGCCGUCACCAGGCUCAUCGCGCACGCCAGCGUGCGCUACGCGACGCUCGUGCAGCUGGCGGGCCACCCAUUCUUCGACGGCGUGAAGUGGGACACGAUGCGGAGCGUGAGAGCGCCGUUUGUGCCCGCCCUCGACUCUGAGAUCGACACCGGGUACUACGACGACUUCACGUCUGUCGAGGACAUGGCCAAGUACGCGGAGGUGAAGGAAAAGCAGAAGAACGUCGAGCUCGUCAAGGAGAAGGAGGAGCCAUUCGCGCGCGGCGUCUGGGUCGGGUUCACAUUCGGCAAGAAUGGCCCAAAUACGCGUGUACUGAAUGCUUUCGGAGGGGGCGCAGGAGACGGUGACGCGCUUGCGACGAUUUUCUGA